AUGGCUCUAGUGUUGAGAAAUUAUCUCCGGUUGGAACUAGAAAAAGUCAGCGAUCCAAUUGCCUUUCGCCAUUCUCCAUCAACUGCGGUCUUGAACAUUCUGAUGCAAUUAUAUGGUAAAAUUGAUAAACAACGCGAACAAAUAGCAGCGAUUAGCAAAGAGAUGCGGCAGAAGGAGAAUCAGCCACAGCAUUUCAACCUGAAUCCCGAAAACAUCUUUAAAUCUGUGACGGGUCACAAACCCAGUAAUAUUGACGAAGCGAUGGGUAAUGCAACGGUGGCAAAGGUACUCAACGAUAGCAAGCAGUUCCUGAUCAAAUGGGCUACUUCUUAUAGCAGCGUUAUCUUCGAAAAUACCAUCGAAUACCCGUAAGU